AUGGUCCUGGUCCUGAUGCUGCUACUCUCCUCUGUAUCAACCCCGCCCUCCCCUGUCUGUGAUGUUUGUGCGCGCGCGGUCACUCAAGCCUCACGCACGCGCACGCUCGUCUUCCUCCUCAGCAGCUCAAAGAUGGCGGCCGCUGAGCUCUCGCGUCUCCUCCGCAUCCCUCCCGCUCUGGGCCUUCUCCUCACCGUAUUUCAGCUUUUGUCCAGCUGCUCUGGUGAUGAACAGGUGCCGCUCAUCUUAUGGACCAGCGAAGGGGCUUCUGUGCCCAGCCAGUCCGCCCCCUCUGCUGGACAUGUUGUGGAACAGCAGCAGUUGUCUUUGUACCUGGAGAAGACAUUGAACGUGGGGCCUAAAAACGUGUUACUUUUCCUUCAAGACAAGAUGAGCAUUGAGGACUUCACAGUGUACGGAGGAGCCUUUGGAAACAAGCAGGACAGUGUUUUCCCAAAUCUCGAGAGUGCUCUGGGCUCAGCCUCCUCUGCCCUGGUCCUGCCCUCUGUCUCCUGGCCGUCUUCAAACGCUGUGAUCUCUCAGAUUCAGGAUCACUUGGAGACCUCUCCUCUUUACAUGGACCCAGAGACUCUGAGCCAACUGCGCCUGAACGCCUCCUCCGCCGCCCUGCUGGUCUUCAGACUGCCCUACGGAAACGGGGCUGACUUGAUGUCCGCAAAAGAAAUCCUCAGUGAAAAUGAUGAUGUCAUUGGCCAAGUGAUGAGCAUCAUGAAGACUCAGGCUGUCCCAUACACAGCCAUCUACACAGCACUGCGACCCUCUAAGGGGGCACCAGUUCACUCGUGGGAGGUGGAAGCGGCUGCAGGACGCUCUCUGCUCCAGUACAGAGACAAAUCCAGAGAGAGGGAGCGAGAGAGGCAGCGCAAACUCAAGGAAGGCACCAAAGUCUACGCACCCGUCGAGUUUAAGGAAGGGGAGAACGCAUGCAUUCUGCUGUGGGCCAAAGGUUUAUCAGUCAGUAUCCUGCGCAGCGGUCGCUGGGAGGAGCACGAUCUCACACCGUCUACGUUUGGCGAAGAAGUGAAACCCAAACUGCAUGGCUCCAGCUGCGACCGCACGCGCUCCAGGUUGGUCCUCAACUAUGAAAAUGUCCUGGACCAUCGCAGCUUCAAGUUAAUCUUUGCCAUGAGCCAACGUCACUACAAGGUGUCGGCCCGGCGCUGGUUCACUCUGGACGCUGUGGAGCUGGAGUAUGACGGCACCAAAGCCACCUUUAACGGCAGCCGGAGCAUCUACGCCCCGGCAGAAUACUCCUACCGCUGCGAGUCAGUCACCAACUACCGCUGGCCUCAGCUGGUGCCACGCUCCAGCAAGGACCCAGCCAACCAGUGGAGGGUCAACUUCCAGGAUCUCCAGAUCCAGGGCUUUAACGUUUCCCGGGGCCAGUUCUCGUACGCCAGCGACUGCGCAGGCUUCUUCUCCCCUGGGAUCUGGAUGGGCCUGAUGACCAGCCUGCUCAUGGUGCUGGUGCUCACGUACGGCCUGCACAUGAUCCUGCAGCUGCGCACCAUGGACCGCUUCGACGACCCCAAAGGCCCCGCCAUCUCUGUGCCCCAGACUGAGUGA